GCCAAUCAGCGCUCGCGGUAGCUCCUCCCCCUUCGUGAGAAGCGUGGUACCGUGAGAGCAGUAUAAAAAGGAGAGCACAUGGUUUUGGGUCAACUUGUGUUCUCGUUUUUACUCUGGGGUAACCCACGCUUGUUUUACUACGAACUUUACAUGAACUGAACUUUUCCAACGCUAAGGAUUUUAUCUGACUUUUCACUUUGGGUGCUUUCCAGAGUGAAGUAAGUGUUGUGCCGUUCGAGGACUGUUUGCUAGAAGAUGUUCAUCGUGUUUUGACUUUCACAAACGUGAUUCAUUCAGUGUUUCUGAUUCAGCCAUGGAGUUACCAUCGCCUGUUCCCCCAGUGGAUAGCAGCAGCUUCUACCCUGAUGUGUUGAAUGACGAUAUGAUGCGACCAGACUACUUCGACAGUACGCACACUUUCAUGGAUUUCGACGAGGGACCUUACUCUACCUACGACUCCAAUGACAUUGUUAUGGACAUGGGUAGUCCCGACUCGGCUUCAUCCGAAGACGCGCUCGACUCUGUCUCGGUGGCCUCUUCAAUUUCCUACGACUUCGGUGAUCUCCCCGCGACACCGACUACGCCUUCGUUAGAGAAGCAGAGUUCUGUCGAUUCGUACACUGAUGAAAAGUUCCGAGCUGAUGUUCAGCUGAUGAGGAGUAGAUGGGCCCCUCACGAGCCCUUCCCCAACACUCGUGAGUGGACACUGGAAGAAAAAGCCGCCGAACUUCUCCGCAUGAGCCCGUGCACAAAGUACUCGGUCGAUGACUUAGUGAAUGUGAAUCAGUUGGAAAACCCCGAGGACAAAGUGACAAUGCUUAUCGAUGUCGUUGCGGGGAUUAGAGUGCCGUUCCGGUGGAAUUUCGUGGACCCUAAAGAACUGUUUAAAAGUUACACUGUCGUUACAAAUUGCAAGAAAGAGAAACCUAAGAAAGACAAAGCUGGUCAGUUGAUUCCUAAGCGGCCCAUGAAUGCCUUCAUGAUCUGGUGCCAAAAGUGCCGCACUCUGAUGGCCCAUAUAUGUCCACAACUUCACAACGCAAUCAUUAGUAAAGUCCUCGGUGCUGUCUGGAGAAGAACAACGAAAGAGGACAAAGAACUGUACGAAGCGGAGAAGAAAAAGCUCAUGCUUUUCCAUAAAGAGGAGUUCCCGGAUUAUAAGUACAGACCCAAGAAGAAGCCCAAGAAAGCCCCUGCCAAAUCUCCCAAUGCAAACCCCGCUCUCGGCACUCCCGCCUCCAAAAAGUCCAAGUCUAAGUCCAAGAAGAAAGAGAAGGGUCAACAGUCCGCCCCCGGCGGCAUCGGCUUGACUGACACGACACAACAGAUCGUCCACCCGGUGGUCAGAGAGAGGCUCCAGGUCAAAAUCGACCCCGACUUCAAACGCGGCAUGGGAAAACGGUCCACAGCCAUCGACCUGGCUGACCUACCCUGCUACCAACAGAGCCAGAUCUCCCCCGACUGUUCUGUGUCCAGCCCGAGCCGGGAAGAAUCGUCUGUGUUCGACACCCCCGACGCCUCCCCCGAGAACUCCCCGAGUGAGACUCGAACCUCGCCCUCCCCCCACUACAACGAACAAUCCCUGUCCCCACACUUAAGUGGCGGCGGCGGCAGCAUCGCUUUCAAGUUCGAACCGGGCAUGUACAAUCUUCCCGUGGAGAACAACAACAACGUUCCGCUCAUCAUGGCCGGCUCCGGUGGUGUUAUGACCAUCAAGAGCGAGCCAGGAACCCUGUCCAGCGCCUACUGGCAUACGCAGCUCAUCAAGUCGGAGAGCGUGAGCGACGAGGAGCCGGUAGAAGCCUUGACCAUAGCAGACCUUCCCGUCCUCGGCUCCGAUGUCCUUCACCAGUACCUACAUCUGGAAGCCAAUCAGGAAAUCAGCAAAUCGGAAAUGUCCGUGUACUUAAACGAAGCGGAGCAGACCUUGGACAAUUUUUCUUUCCAGCCCGCUUGUUUCUGGCCCUCGGCUGUCUCGAUCAAAGUGGAGGAUACCACAACAGAUCUAGCAGCGGUCUAAAGAGGUUUCGCCACAGUGUGAGUUUAGGUUGAUCGUAAGCGCUCAUGAUUAUUAUUAGUUGUUUUUUUACGCCCGGGUUUCAGUUUACACUGUGCCCACCCCAGUACACUACUUGUGUUCCGACAUUUUUUAAAAUUUACCUACUACGAUGUGUCGAAACGAAGAUCUGUAAAUACUGCAACUGAAAUAAUGUGUAAUUUUUGAUGAAACACAACUUUCUCUUACCCUUGUUACCCAUUUUCAGUUCAAAAUAUCCAUUUUUUAUAAACGAAAAA